AUGAAGACAACUGAAGAAAAAGCAAAGUUCAGGAAUCAGUUUUUGAAAUUAGGUCAGGGUCAUAUUAUAUCUACAGAUGAAAGCAAUAAUAUAUUUUGGAGUCUGUUUUGGACCAUGCCAACAUGUGCAAAUGAUGUAUAUGAGUUGAUCACGGUUGCUGACAUCAAAAAAGUGAGGCAGCAAAAUCUAAUGAAUAUUGUCCAGUUAAUAAGACAAUUGUGUCUUAAAAUAAUUAGUACUGUCAAGGAGUGUAAAGAAUUUUGCAUUAACAAGAAAGAAAUAAUAGAGUUACUAAAUUGUGUUAGAUUCUUAAUCAAAGUGUUGCCUUUUAUUUUUGAAAUGGCAGAUUAUUCCAAUGAGUUGGAAAGAGAGAUAUUUUGGAACAAUGAUUUCGAUCCAAUGAGACUCCUACAAAGGAUAGAUAAUUCUAAAGAAGAAGAAGAAGAAGAAGAAUCCGACAAAAAUAGAAAUUGGGAAAGACUCUUGAGUCCAGAUCAAGUAGCAAAUAGUAUAGCUGUAAAUUUGAUAUCAAGCUUGGUAGACUUGCUAUUUAUUAGAAAUUUCACUGUGCCAUCUACAGCAUCUGGUAAAGAGAAUAAGCUUUUACAUGUUUGGGAACCAGGUAUUGGGGGAACUUCGAAAUAUCAACAGCCAAACGUGGUGAUAGAUAGUAAUCGAACGGAAAUACUAAAACUAUUGCUAACACUCUGUUCCAAUUCAUUGUAUCAGCAAGUUUCUUGUGUGACCACCCAUGGAUCAAAAUUUUUAACCCUUUUGGUUACCGUGACUCCAAAAAUUGAAUUAUUGACUUUAGUUUCUUCCCUACUAAACAUAACAUGCAGAUCAUCAAAAUCAACAGCUUCUGAAAAUGGGUUGGUAUUUGAAAAACCAGAAUACAGUGAGAUUCGUCAUUUAUGCGUAACUUACGCCAUUCAAUUACUUACACUAAUGGUUGUUUAUCCACUACCCCAAAAAUCAGAGCUAAAGUUUUUAAUUGAAGGUGGUUUGUGUUCAAAACCGUACAAUAUGGCGAGAGUCUAUGUGGGGAAAAUACAUAAGGAGAAUGAGUUAUUAUUUAUAGCUUCAUCUUUAAUUGAAUUUUUAAAGGUUCCGUUAAUCAACGCAAAAGACCAAGAAACGGAUACCUUUUCAUUGUUAAGGUCUGGUAGUAAUUAUAAACGCCCCUCGCUCUGGAGCUUGGAGGCUGUUAUGCUAAUAUGGGAACUUCUCCAAUCCAACAGAAACUUUGUCUCGAUUGUUGGUGAAAAGUAUAUUUCAGAAUUGAUGAUAAUUUUACUAUACUACGUAUUUGCCUAUCAUAGUCAAAAGAGCUCCAAAAAUUUAAUUUUCCUUUGUGCAUAUUUACUUUUGUAUUUGUCCUCAGCACAGCAAAAUCGAUUUUUAGAACCAUUGUUUGUGCCAUUAAACUCAUCUGCAUCCCUACACGAAUUCUACAAUUGUUUGCCAUCAAAUUAUAAGCUAUCCAUAACCCCAAUCAACACGAGAGAUUUUUUGGUUACUCACAUAUGCACCAUUCUUAUUAACAAUCAAGUAAAUGUUUCGCUGUCUAACUAUCUCCUGAGCUCGCUGCCUUUGUCAGAUUUGCUUAUAAAAACUUUGAUUGAAAUAUUAUACAAUUUGAUUUCAAGAGUAUCAUCAGAAGAAGCAAUGGGAUUCAAAACUGAGACGCUGAAAAAACUCAAUAACCCAAACCCAAGAGGUGGUCUUUCAUAUCAAUCAUCAUCGCUGAUUACUCAGCUAGUCAGUGUUUUGUCAAAUAAAAGAUUUUUAUUGGAGAAGUCUUUUCACCCCGAUCUUGUCGCCCUAUUAAUACGAGCGAUAUGUGCUGCUGUCACGAAAUUUCCUGUGCCAUCAAGAAUGUUAUUAUUCUGCAUAUUAAAGAAUGAAAAAGUGUAUGAUGAACUUUGGAACACGAUUUUCAGCUUUAGCGGAGUGUUUUUUAGAGGCAAUUCAUUGACCAGAAUAGAAGAUGAAUCUGAUGAACUGCCAUCAGAGAAUACAGAGGCUGAUACGAGUAUAGCAUCUUACGAUAGUACAAAAGACGAAGUUUUGGGGUCAACUGUCAAACCAAUCCCAAUUCCAAUUCCUAUUCCUACAAACAAAUAUGAAGAUGAUGGCACAGUCAAAUCCGCGAGUGUGGAAACGGAGAAUAUUGAAGCAUCCUUGAGACCAAAUUUGCCUACUGGUAUGUCUUUCAAUGCUAGAGAGAAAUUGAAAAAAGAUACUCCUUUGAAUAAAACAUGGGCCGGAAACGAUGCUUUAGCUGUAAUAUUGACGAUAGUAAUCCCUCACUUGAAAGUCGUCUUGAAUGAAGUAUGGUCACGUGUUGAAGGCUCGAGCGUUGACAGCUAUGAGUUGGUUCAGCGUAUAGAAAAGGCUGGGUUCGAUAAAGUUUUUGAAGCUAACAAGUCACAGCUUUGUUAUGAUCUUUUGCCCAAUACACCUUUGGACCAGUUGAGAUUUAACUGGAGUCAUUUAUCUUUAGGGUGGUACAUUUCUUUAUUAUAUGGACAGAUUUAUAAUUCUGGUGCCCAAGUGCAAAGCUAUUCAGGAAAUAGUAUCCGCAACUAUAAAAUUGUCAAAACUUUUUCAAGUGGAAUGAGCAGAUUAACCCUGAAUUGGACUAGCUUUUUGAAACAAGAUUCCCAAAGCGAGCCGAGCUCUUCUGAGACAACGCUACCAAAAAUAGAUGAGAACUUGGAAUGGGUGAAUAAUGCAUUGAGUAAUAUAAAUACCUGGAGUGGAUCUGAAAUCAAACUUUUUGAUGUUGAAACUACCGAAGAUGGUUUUUUUGCCAAUUUGAAUUCAAGAAUUAUGGCUAAUUACACUAAGAAUGGGAAUACUGCUCAGAAUCCUGGUCACGGAUACGCAGCACCAUCUACGCCAGGAGGUUUAACAGACGUUUCCCGAAGAUUUAGUGAUUUUCGAAUUAAUAAUGGAAGUAAUCCGAGUAUUCGAUCCAUAGGUAACUCACCUGUGCCUUCUGCCUUAUCCACUCCUGUUGAAGAAAAAGAGUUGUAUUUUCCAAAAAGAAGUUUCAGGAAUUCGGUUACAAGUUUACACUCCUUGAACAAUUUGAAUAGGAGCAGAAGUAAUACACCUCGAAACUCAAUUAGUCAAUAG